AUGGACGCUCAAAAACAGCUUCAGGCGCUUUCGGACGAGUUCCAGCAGCUCCAGACUGAGCUUGAGGGUCUAGUUGAUGCUCGCCAGAAGCUUGAGUCACAGCAACAGGAGAACCUGGGCGUACAAAGUGAAUUCGCCCAACUAGAUGACGAAUCCAACAUCUACAAACUUGUCGGACCUGUGCUGCUAAAGCAGGACAAGACCGAGGCCGUCAUGGCUGUCAACGGCCGAUUGGAAUUCAUCGAGAAAGAGAUCAAGCGAAUCGAAGGAGAUAUCACCGAGAAGCAAGAGCAGGGUGAGAAGAAGCGCGCCGAGGUCGUACAAUUGCAAGGCCAGGCACAGCAAGCUGCUGCGUCGGCAUGA